AUGGACGACAUUCUUUUAAGAAGGCUUAGGCUCAUUAACGAUAAACUCACUACGGACUUAGAAAUAAUUCCUGAUAUAGUAAAUUCAGAAAACUUAAUGCAGGCUCAAAUUGCAUACAGUAAAUUGGAAGCGUCUCUGAAAAGGCUUGGCAGCGACCUGAUAGAAUAUUUCAGACUAGCUUCGACUCCCGCGUCCGAUGAAAUCUGCUUAAUAAGUGAAGUACAACUUCAAGCCGAGGAGACUUUAGCGGAGCUUAAGGUGAAGAUCGACCAAGUGACUUCGACGAACAAACCUUCCGAGAAACUAACAGAACCGAACUCCUCGUGCCGACUUCCUAAACUUCAACUGCCGGUGUACAGCGGGGACGUACUAGCCUGGUGUGAAUUCUGGGACGUCUUCAGAAGCAACAUCGAUUCAAGGAACCUGCCUGAAGUGGACAAGCUAUCAUAUCUUAAGACUUCAGUGGCAGGAGAUGCCAAGAAAGCCAUUGACGGACUGUCAACUACUAAUGCCAACUAUGAUAUCGCAGUUUCGAUAUUGAAAGAGCGGUUUGGCAAGACGUCUCAUUUAAUAGAUGCACACUAUGCUGCACUAUAUAAGGUUAAGAUGGCAAAAGGCUCCGCUGAAGAUUGCAGGAAGACAUUCAACGAAAUUGAGAAGCAUCUUAAAAUUUUAGAGUCGUUAGGUGAAGAUAUUAACCACAAUCAUCUACGAUUCAUGCUAUUGGAGAAAUUUCCUUCGGAACUAGUAUACGAAAUAAAACUAAAAGUUAAUGAUGAAUCUAUACAGGAACUCAGAGGCCAGUUAGAUAGAAUUAUCACCGCUAAGGAGGAUUCAGAAAGGAUCUCGGGCAGGAAACGCCCUCAUGAAACGGAAGAUAGUACCGUUGGAACUCUUCAUAUAAACGCAAAACGUGCGAAAUACGCAAACCAACCCCAACCACAACACAGUAACCAGAAGAAACAAAACCAACAAGGAGGCUUUGAUAGAAGAUCGGUGCAGAUCAAGAAGUUUAUUGGUUUUAAGAAACAGAAUAAAGGGAACAGACCGAACCAAACUCAAACUUCAAAUAAAGGUCAAUCCGAACCUCAGCCAGGCCCCUCUGGAGAGAAGAAAGAAUGGGUAUGCGUCUUUUGCAAAGGGAAUCACUUUAAUGACAAAUGCACUGAAGCUACUACCUUAGUAGAAAGAAAGAAACGACUAGGAAAACGAUGCUUCCUAUGUUUUAAGUUAAAUCACUUUAUGAAAGAUUGCAAGAUCGGUCAAGGAAGGCCCGGUGAAGAAACAGUUGUGACUGUCCUAGAAGAGGGUAUUACAACGCUCCAAACAGCAAUAGUUUAUGCAAACCCCUUAGAUGAUAAAAAUAAACAAUAUAAAUAUAGACUUCUUUUAGAUCCCGGUUCUCAACGCUCCUAUGUCACGUUUCAAACGGCCAAAGAAUUGAAGCUUCCCGUCGAAGAAGAAAGUCAUUUAGUAGUGUUCACCUUUGGUGAUGAUCCUCCUAAAGAAAUACACAGCCCUAUAGUUACUCUACAGUUGCUGUCAAGAACAAAUAAGAAGAUAGUUAUACGGGUUAACUGCGUAGAACGUAUUUCAAGAGGGUACAUACCUAAUGUCAAGAUGAAGGACUUACCGGAGACAUAUGUACUAGCGGAUGACGGUUCGUUAAGCGGACCAGUACAGAUUCUGGUCGGAAACGAGUACUAUUGUAACAUAACCUAUGAGAAGAAAGUACAAUUGGACAGUAACCUGUUUCUGAUCGACUCUGCCCUUGGUUGGAUAAUAAGUGGUAGAACAGAAUCACAACUUAGUGACGAACCGUACGUAGUGACUUACACUCAGACUUGCAUUGAAACGAAGCUUCAUCAACCAGACCCACCUCUUUGUGAUGCUGACAUAAAGAGCCUUUGGGAACUAGAAUGUAUAGGUAUCAGUGAUUCCCCAAGAGCAACUAGAGAAGAAGAAGCGAUCAAGUAUUUCAACGAUACUACAGUUAACCUAAAUAAUCGUUACACGGUAAGCUGGCCUUGGAUAACUUAUCCACCUGACUUACCUAACAAUUUUGGAAUGGCCUUUGGUCGCUUAUCAAGCUUAUUGAAGCGUAUGGAUCAAGACACGUUACUAGCGUAUAGCGAUACUUUUAAACAACAAUUAGAUAAAGGUAUAAUAGAAAUAGUACCUACUUCAAGAAUGUCAAUGGGUAACCUCGUGCAUUACUUACCUUUCCACGGAGUACAUCAUCGAGGGAAACCUAUGAGGAUAGUUUAUGAUGCUAGCUCUAAGAGUAGCAAGGAUACGAAAAGUCUGAACGAAUGUUUGUACAGAGGACCACUCAUGUUAGAAGACCUCACUGGCUUACUUAUAAAAUUUAGAACCCAUCAAAUAGGUUUAACCUCAGAUAUUGAGAAAGCUUUUUUACAGAUGGCGUUGCAUGAAAAGGAUCGUGAUGUUACCAGAUUCUUGUGGCUCAAAGAUACCUCUAAACCGGUAUCUCAGGACAACCUACUAUACCUUAGAUUUUGUAGAGUACCAUUCGGCGUCAUUUCUUCACCGUUUUUACUUAAUGCAACUAUCAAACACCACCUGUCCAAAGCGGAAGACCAACAAGUCAAACAGAAAGCGAAUGACAUAUAUGUAGAUAACUUUGUAUCGGGUUCCAACACUACGGAUGAAGCGAUGGAGCUCUACAGAAACCUAAAAGGGUCUUUUCAAGAUAUUUCAAUGUCACUCAGGGAUUGGAGUUCGAAUUCUAAGGAAUUCAUGAAGAAGGUUUCUGAUACAUAUAAAAAAGAUAAAGUAAAGGUACUUGGGUUAGAAUGGGACAUCAAAAGGGAUACUCUUCAGUUGAAGCCUAACUUGCAAGAGGAAGCGGUAACAAAAAGAGGAGUACUGAAGACUAUCGCAUCAAUCUACGAUCCAUGUGGUUAUGCUGCACCCUAUACCCUAGCGUCUAAACUUUUUCUACAAAGACUUUGGAAGGCUGGAGUAUUAUGGGACUCACCGUUAUCAAGCGAACUAACGGAAGAAUGGAACAUAAUCCGACAGAAUUUGAAAGCCAUUGGAGAAGUGUCGGUGGACAGAUGCUACAUAAAGACACCAAUGGAAAGGAACUACCAACUACACUGUUUCACAGAUGCCUCUCUACAGGCUUAUGCAGCAUCAGUUUUUUUAAUUUGCGGUUCAAAGAGAAGUUUCAUUAUGGGAAAAUCCCGUCUGAUACCGGUAAAAGACCAGGAGAGUCUCAAGAUACCCCGUCUGGAACUUUUAGGAGUACUGAUUGGCAGUAGGCUAAUAAAGUUCGUUCUUAAGUUUCUUCAGCAGAAGAUAGUAAGGCAAGUCUUCGACAGCCAGAUUGUUGUAGAAUGGUGCAAAUCUGAUAAACUGUUGCCACCCUUCGUUGCCAGGCGGGUAGAAGAGAUCAGAAAGAAUAAAGAUCUGGAGAUCAGAUACCUUUCAACAGACCUGAAUCCAGCAGACGUAGGCACCAGACCCACCUGUUCGAGAGAGGACAGAGAGAAAUGGCUGACUGGUCCACAAUUUAUAGUAGAAGAUCCUAAGACGUGGCCAACUACAACUAGCAGUGGACCAACCAGUUCUCUCUUGAUUGGGGAGGGUCUUGGAAUCCAAGAAGAAGAACCGAUGGAAACAGUUGAUCCAGACAUACCCGAUGUUAGUCUGAUGGAAACGAGACAUAGUGCAACCGCAAAAGAAGUAACCGCACAAGAAAAUGAUCAGACGCCAGAUGAUAAGUUUCUAAGGUUGAAAGAAAUUCAAGCUGAAUACUUUCCUCUAGAGGUAGAAGGAAAAGUAACUAGUUUAAGUUUGAAUUUAGGCGUAUUUAAAGACAUAGAUGACUUACUAAGAUGUAAAGGUCGUAUGAAACAUGCAGACUGGUCAUUUGAUAAACGCUACCCUAUACUUAUACCGAAAAAUUCAGACUUCACCAACGAAACUAUAAUGAAGAUUCAUCGAGAAAAUAUGCAUGUUGGCGUGAGUCACACGUUAAGCAAGAUAAGGGAAACUUACUGGAUACCACAAGGAAGAAGCAAAGUUCAAAAUAUUUUGAGGAAAUGUCCUGAAUGUAAGAAACAUGACGGAGGGCCAUAUAAACUACCGGAAACUCCUGCUUUACCGAAAGAGAGGGUUAAUUAUAGUUCUCCAUUUACAUACGUUGGCACAGACUACCUGGGACCACUUCUAGUUAACAAUGGGAAUGGCAGUUGCAAAAGGUGGAUUAGCCUCUACACAUGUUUAGCUGUAAGAGCCAUUCAUCUAGAAGUUGUAAAGGACCUAACGGCGGAAGAAGGUUUAAUGGCCUUACGUAGAAUGAUCUCAACAAGAGGAGUACCUUCCUUGAUAACGUCUGAUAACGCGGCUCACUAUAAGUUACUCUCAGAGAUUCUUCAGAUCCCAUACUGCUUAGAUAAGGAGAUAAGAUGGAAAUUUAUACCACAGUUAGCACCAUGGCAUGGAGGUUUCUACGAAAGAUUGGUCGGUUUAGUUAAGAACUGUAUGAAGAAAACUUUACAGAAACAUCUAUUGAACGACAGCCAGCUCGUUACAGCGGUAAAAGAAAUUGAAGCAGUUCUGAACACAAGACCAUUAACAUACGUGGAUUCAGAGCCUGAUCAUGUACUAAAACCAUCAGACUUCCUUACCAUGGGAAAGUGUAUUACUAUGGAAACGUCGAAUAAGGAUCCUACGUCACAAGGGACGGUGACUAAAGAUAACCUAAUUAAAGGUUGGAAGAAAGCACAGAUAAUUCUACGAGAGUUUAAAGAGAUGUUUGAGAACAGGUACCUCCUAAAUUUGAGAGAAAGAUAUUCCCACCACCCUAAAGAACCUAGGGUGACUUCAAAGUUAGAACCGAAGAUAGGUCAAAUCGUGCAGAUUAAAGGUGACACGAGGAAUAGGAUCAACUGGAAAGUUGGGAAAAUAGUAUCUUUAAGGGAAAGCGCCGAUGGAUUAUGUAGGGUUGCCACGAUACGAGUAGGAGAUACCGAAUACACAAGAUCUAUCACGCAUCUCUACCCUUUAGAGAUCGAAGAGGGAGAAGAACACUGUAAACAAACAUCACCUUAUAACGAAAGCGCAGAAGAACCUCUGCAGCUUCCUGACCUUCCACCUCCAUCUUGCGGGAACGUUGACGUCCAAGACGUUGCUGAGUCUCCUUCUGAACAAAGAUUCACUCCAGUAACAGCUAGAGAUGAUCCAGAAGAAGAAGUUCUACCCUAUGCCUCGCCAGUAGAGGAAAGGAGUUCCUUCAAACAAGUAGUAGAGUCUACAUCUAGUAAGUUAAACGAGCCUAAGCCUAAGUCUAUGUCCGAACCAGAACCACUCGCGGUCGUCGACCCCGAGUAUUACGACCACACUGAUCCCGAGCUACACCACUUGGAGGAAAUUGCGCCAGAAGGACAAGAAGACGAAUCAAGACCUAAAAGAGCCGCAGCUCUUCGGGCCCUUGAAAAGAUUAAAGAAUGGACCAGCAAUCUAGUCGCUGUGCUUCUGCCUGAGGCGGGGAGUGUCGCGACAGACGCGAAUUUAUAACGCCCAAGACGAAUUUCCUUGCGGCAACACCUAACAGCGCCCUCUAGGUGGAAUUGUGAUCUCGGUGCGAUAAUACAGCCGCCAUAAAUUAAGUGAAGCAGAGACUGAGGCUCCUCUGGCCCUGGAGUAGAGCAGAGGUCCAGAGAGAGCGAGGAUGAAGAAUCCUUCAUAGUAUA